UAGGGUGCGUUUUAAUGAAGUUUAAUUAAAAAAAUGAAUAAUAACACAGAAAAGCCCCUCCUGGAUAUAAACCCUAUUUCUUUCUUUCCAUCGAUUCACUGCUUCACUAGAUCCAUCGUCUUCACUAGUUCGACUGCAUCAUCUUCUCUUCGGAAGCUUUUACAAAAAGCGGUGACAACACGGCACUUCAGUGUGAGGCAGUGCUUCUUGCACACGACUAGAAGAUAAAAAGAGAGAUAGCAUGUGAGAUGUAUUUGCUUAAAGUAAAUAAUUGUGCAGAAACGAUUUUAUUUCUCAGCACCUAAAAAACUAACGCUAUCGAAUCAAACCCUAAGCAUGUUGAAGUUCUUGUCGAAAGUGAAGAUUGAAUUCAAUGCACUAGACCCACGUACGGCGGCAUGCAUGGAGUUCUUGGCUCAGUGCAAUGCUCGAACAGCCAAGGAGUCGAACCCUUCGUGUCAACUGUUGGUCAAACGCCGCACUGAUAGCUACCCACCGCAGAUCUCGGUGACAUUUGUGAACGGGGUGGAGGAAGUUUUUGAUGCCACCUCAACACCCGCACAAACCAUCCGGAAGAUGAUUCUAGAAAAAGGUCAACAGCUGGAAACAGAACAAAUGUUUCGUGAAGCCGGUGAGAAGUGGCCCGUAAUUAUUCCGGCGGAAGAGAUUCAUCAGUCAUUCCCUGGUACCAAGCCAAGGAAAGCAGAAGAAAAGAAGCAAUAGCUCUCAACAACUAUCCUACGCUCAUGCUAUGUGGAUGAUGCUUGCAUUAUGUUUGCAGGUUAGUUAAAUUCAAGAAAGGUUUUGUAGUGGAAUUGACAUAAAUGCCCUUCAGUUUAUUACUGGCAUUUUAUUCACUUAAGUAAUAAUUAAACUUAUUAUUACGUUUCCCGUUCUUCGCUUAAGGAAUAAUUAAACUUAUUAUA